AAGGCACGAGAAAACAGCCAGGGAAGCAACCCCGCUCAGCCGGCCAAGGCCGCUCACGAGAGGCCGUGGCCCGACUAGGCCGCAGCCUUCCCUCUCCCUUCCAAUCCCCGCCCCUUCCUCAGCCCGGCCGGCCAGCCCGCCCGCUCCAUCGCCCCCGCGCGGCCGGAGGCUCCCUCAGCCAGCCGCCUGCCCGGCCGCCUCCGCGCUAGCUGCCUUCUCCCCGCUACCCCCGCCGUGCUGAGCGGCUGUCUCUCGUCGUCCUUCUCCCCUCGGGCGAGCCGCCCGUUUCCACGGGCGCCCUUUUCUAUGGCGGCGGCGGCGGCGGCCGGGCGGCGAGCAACGGCCCCUCAGCUCCCCCGCCGGGGCUGCUGGGGGCGGCCGUAGCAGUAGCCGCAGCCGCCGCUCUUCCUCGGUCGGCGCCCCAGGCAGAGCCUCGCUGGGGCUGGGGGAGCCUCGCAGCGGCAACGGGGCGCCUUUCUCCUCGCCGCCGCCCUCGCCGCUUCCGUCCUGACGGGCCUUCUCCUGAGGAGGAGGAGGAGGAGGAGGAAGAGGAAGGAUGGCGGCCCCGGCGGCAGCCACGACCCAGCUGGAAGCCGAGCUUUACUACCUGAUCGCCCGCUUCCUCCAGUCCGGACCUUGCAAGAAAUCCGCCCAGGUGCUGGUGGAGGAGCUGGAAGAGCACCAGUUGAUCCCACGGCGCCUGGAUUGGCAAGGCAAGGAGCACCGAAGAAGCUUUGAGGAUCUGGUGGCAGCCAAUGCACACAUCCCUCCAGACUACCUUCUCAAAAUCUGUGAGAGGAUUGGGCCCCUGUUAGACAAGGAGAUCCCGCAGAGUGUACUUGGGGUGCAGACUUUACUGGGAGUCGGACGGCAAUCAUUGCUGAGGGCAGCCAAAGAUUGCAGACACACAUCAUGGAAAGGAUCUGCAUUUUCAGCGCUCCACAGAGGCAGGCCGCCGGAACUACCCGUAAACUAUGGGAAACCACCCAACGUGGUAAAUAUAAUUUCUGCCAGACAUUCAACCGGAUAUGGACGUUUCAGCCAUUUGUUUCCAACGUCCUUCUAUCAACACAUCAAGAUGCACAAGAGGAUUCUGGGGCAUUUAUCGUCUGUAUAUUGUGUAGCAUUUGAUCGCAGUGGGAGACGGAUUUUCACAGGUUCCGAUGACUGCCUAGUGAAAAUUUGGGCUACAGAUAACGGCCGUCUGCUCUCAACACUCCGAGGACAUUCAGCGGAAAUUUCAGACAUGGCUGUUAGUUAUGAAAACACCCUACUUGCUGCAGGCAGCUGUGACAAGGUAGUCCGAGUCUGGUGUCUUCGAACCUGUGCGCCAGUUGCAGUACUCUUGGGCCACUCGGCUUCUAUUACUUCCAUACAGUUUUCUCCAGCAAGAAAAGGAACUGUUCGAUACCUCACUUCUACUGGUGCUGAUGGAACAAUCUGCUUCUGGCAAUGGCAUUCAAACACAAUGAAAUUUAAGGAUCGACCAGUUAAAUUUGCUGAAAGAUCAAGGCCUGGGGUUCAGAUAUCUUGUUCAUCUUUCAGCUCUGGUGGCAUGUUUAUUGCAACCGGAAGCACUGACCAUGUGAUAAGAAUAUAUUAUUUGGGUUCUGAAUCUCCAGAGAAGAUUGCUGAAUUAGAGUCACAUAUGGACAAAGUAGUUGCUGUCCAGUUCUGCAACAAUGGAGACAGGUUAAGGUUUGUCAGUGGAAGCAGAGACGGAACCGCCAGAAUAUGGCAAUACCAGCAACAAGAAUGGAAGAACAUUGUGCUGGAUAUGGCUACCAAGAUGACUGGGAACAGCCUCAUGUCUGGAGAGGAUAAGGUGUCCAAACUGAAGGUGACCAUGGUAGCUUGGGACAGAUAUGAUACCACUGUUAUCACCGCAGUCAACAACUUCCUUUUGAAAGUGUGGAACCCUUCUACAGGGCAGCUUAUUCACAGCUUAUCUGGUCAUGACGAUGAAGUGUUUGUUCUGGAAGCUCACCCAUUUGACCAAAGGAUCAUGCUCUCUGCAGGCCACGAUGGGAACAUUUUCAUUUGGGACCUUGAGAAAGGAACAAAAAUCCGCAAUUACUUCAACAUGAUUGAGGGUCAAGGCCACGGUGCAGUCUUUGAUUGUAAAUUCUCCCCGGACGGACAGCAUUUUGCCUGCACAGACUCACAUGGACACCUCUUGCUCUUUGGGUUUGGAUGCAAUAAAUAUUACGAAAAGAUUCCAGAUCAGAUGUUCUUCCACACAGAUUAUCGCCCUCUGAUCCGUGAUGCUAAUAACUAUGUGCUAGAUGAACAAACUCAGCAAGCCCCACAUCUCAUGCCUCCCCCAUUCUUGGUAGAUGUGGAUGGAAAUCCUCACCCCACAAGAUACCAACGGUUGGUCCCAGGACGGGAAAACUGUAAAGAUGAGCAACUCAUUCCUCAGCUGGGAUAUGUGGCAAAUGGCGAUGGUGAGGUGGUGGAGCAAGUGAUUGGGCAGCAAACCAAUGACCAUGAAGAGAGCAUCCUCGAUGGAAUGAUCAGGGAACUGCAGCGGGAGCAAGAUCAGAGGAGGCUCAGUGAAGGUGAAGCUCCUCCAAAUCCUCUGCAAAACAGAUUACGGUCUGUUAGUGUUUUCAGAAGUCCAAGUUUGGAUCUAGCUUCCCCGCCAAAUGUUGGGCUGAGGAGGAGUGGUCAGAUUGAAGGUGUCCGGCAAAUGCAUCACAAUGCUCCCAGAAGCCAGAUGGCCACUGAGAGAGAUCUCAUGGCUUGGAGCCGAAGAGUGGUGGUGAAUGAGCUGCAUCCUGGGGUUAGCAGAGUCCAAGAAGAAUGCCGAGCUGCCAAAGGUGAUUUAGAAAUUCAUCUGUACAUGCUGGAGAAGAAGAGGAAGCCUUCCCACAUUUUACAAAGGAAUGAUUAUCAACCCGGCAGCGGACGUUCCUUACGAAGAAACCAGCGCAAGCGGCAACAUGCUUACCAAACCCGCUCCACCAUUGACCAGGGGUCACAGGGUGGAAGGAGAAAUUCACAUACUCAGGAAGACUCUGAAAGCUCCUCUGAGGAAGAUGACACGGUUGGCACAAGUGAUGCAUCUGUGGAUGACACCGUGGCUGUAUGGCAGACUGAAAGCAGUUCCAGUGAUUCGUCGAGUGAAUAUUCUGAUUGGACUGCCGACGCUGGGAUUAAUCUCCAGCCUCCAAAGAGACAAACAAGACAAACAGCUCACAAGAUCUGUAGCAGCUCUGAAGACGAAAAUGUGAAGGAUACAAAAGGACCAGAAGAGAAGCGCAAGAAGCCCAAACAGACACGAAGGAAGAAACCUGGUGGACUGCUUUCAAUGGAUGGUGAACCCACGGAGGAAUGGUUUGCUCCCCAUUGGAUACUGGAUACCAUACCACGACGGUCUCCCUUUGUCCCACAAAUGGGAGAUGAGAUUAUCUAUUUCAGGCAAGGGCACGAAGCUUAUGUGCGCGCAGUGAGGAAGGCAAAAAUUUACAGUGUUAACUUGCAGAAACAACCUUGGAAUAAAAUGGAACUCAGGGAACAAGAAUUUGUGAAAAUUGUGGGAAUUAAGUACGAAGUUGGACCACCUACACUUUGCUGCUUGAAGCUUGCCUUUCUUGAUCCAAUCUCAGGCAAAAUGACUGGUGAAUCAUUUUCCAUUAAAUACCAUGAUAUGCCAGAUGUCAUUGAUUUCCUUGUGUUGCAUCAGUUUUACAAUGAAGCCAAAGAAAGAAACUGGCAAAUUGGGGAUCGAUUCCGCAGCAUCAUUGACGAUGCCUGGUGGUUUGGGACCGUGGAGAGUCAACAGCCGUUCCAGUCGGAAUAUCCUGAUAGUUCCUUCCAAUGCUACAGUGUUCACUGGGACAAUAAUGAAAGGGAAAAAAUGAGUCCCUGGGACAUGGAGCAAAUUCCAGAAGGAACUGCUUAUCCAGAGGAGGUGGGAGCGGGAGUCCCGGUGACCACGGAAGAGCUGGCAUCUUUGCUGUACAAACCGCAAGAGGGUGAAUGGGGAGCUCAUUCCCGAGAUGAAGAAUGUGUACGGGUCCUACAAGGCAUUGAUCAACUUCUUUCCCUAGAUAUUUCCAAUCCUUUUGCCGUCCCAGUGGACCUUAGUGCCUAUCCUCUGUAUUGCACUGUUGUUGCUUAUCCAACUGACCUCACCACCAUAAGGAGAAGACUUGAAAACAGGUUUUACAGGAGAAUAUCUGCACUAAUGUGGGAGGUUAGAUACAUUGAACACAAUGCUAGGACUUUCAAUGAGCCCGAUAGUCCUAUAGUGAAAACAGCCAAAAUAGUAACGGACGUCUUACUCCACUACAUUGGGGAUCAAAGUUGUACAGAUAUCCUGGAGAUCUAUAACAAAGUAAAGGCAGAAGACUUGAGUAGCACAGAUGAAGAGGAGGAGGUGGCAGGAUAUGCAGAUUCAGAUGUUCCAGGAACCUCAUCUGGGAAAAGAACUGUAAGGCAGCAAACGGAAAAGCAGCCCUCCACAGCCCAUGCCGACGCCUGGAAAGAGCAGUGCAAGCAAUUACUAAGCCUCAUCUAUGAACGUGAAGACUCUGAGCCAUUCCGGCAACCCGUUGAUCUGUUUUCUUACCCCGAUUAUCGAGAUAUUGUAGACACUCCAAUGGACUUCAGCACUGUGAAAGAAACUUUGGAAGCUGGCAAUUAUAUGAACCCCCUAGAAUUCUACAAAGACGUUCGCUUGAUAUUCUGCAACUCGAAAGCGUACACACCUAAUAAAAAAUCAAGGAUCUACAGCAUGACGCUUCGCUUAUCUGCCUUAUUUGAGAACCAUAUCAAGACCAUUAUUUCCGAGUACAAGUCAGCAAUGCAGCAUCAGAAGAGGAGGUGGACGCGACUACGGUACCGAAAAAGACUCCGGAGUAGCAGCAGUUCUUCCUCUAGCAGCAGGGCCCCCAGCCCCAAAGGCAAACAUAAGCAACUGAAGGUGCAACCUAAAACAAACCUGAAUACCUCAUUGCCUUUAACUAGGACUAAUUCUUCAGUUUCAUCUCAUGUUUCAGAUACUACUGAGGAACUACUGGGCUCAGCGGCUGUGGAAGAGAUGGCAAGUCAGCCGUCCUCAUCAGGCUCCAGCGUCCAGAACCGCAGUGGAAAUAAUGGUGAGCCAGGGAAGAAUCGGCCCAUCAGAAAUAAAUCCACUCCAAUCAAGCAAGAUCAACCUCCUGAUAAGCCCCUGACAAAUGGUGAUGGGAGAGAGCCCCGGACAGCAGUCAAGCGAAAACUGUCAAGUGCAUCAGAGGAGGAUGAACACACUGGCAAGGAGGAGAAGAGAGAACAAAAAGAAAAAACAAGUUUGUCCACUUCAGAAAGUGGGGAUUCGCAAUCGAACCUGAGUUCUGAAAGCAGAUGUGGCUCCGAUUCAGACUCCGAGUCAAGCUCUCGAACGGAUCAGGACUACAUUGAUGGAGAUCACGGCUACAGCAAAUCGGUUCAAGAGAAACCAAAAAGAAAACUUCGACGAAACAUCUCCAGUGGGCAGAGAAACUGGCAGGGCAGAGGGACGGGUAGAAGAGGGAGAUGGGGCCGAUGGGGGCGGUGGAACAGAGGCGGGCGGGGCAGUCGGGGUGGAAGAGGCUGCAGCAGAGGUAGAAGAGGUGCCCGGGGACGAAGAAGAGGCCGAGGGAGAGGAGCCUCCAGAGGAGCUUCCAGAGUCAAGCGCCCACGAAUUGCGGAUGAUGAGUUUGAGAAUCUUUUUGGUGGGCGCUUCAGUGAGAACACGUUUGGUGGGCGGUUCAGCAGGCCACCUCGGAUUAAAACCAGGAAUGAGGGCAGGCGGACCGUUUUAUAUAACGAUGAUUCGGACAAUGACACUUUUGUGCACACUGAGGAUCCCCUGAAUCUUGGGACAUCCAGAUCUGGCAGGGUACGGAAAAUGACAGAAAAGGCCAGGGUGAGCCAUCUCAUGGGAUGGAAUUAUUGACUGAGGAGAAACAACAGAUGUGAACCAUGACAUUUGGACAUCAGUGGCCUUCUACUGCAGGGAUCUUUGCCAGAAAAAAAAUCUACUAAGCAAAUUGUGCGGGGACUCCGCUCACAGUUUCUGUGGUGCUUUUCCAUUUUUCCCAUACGGCUUUCUGUGUGUUUGUAUUUUGAAGACUUCUGAUUGCCACAAGUUCUUGGCCAAAAGAAGCCUUAUCCACGGGUUCUUUUAAUGGCAGUAAUGCUUCCUCACACUACACCUUCAUUCUGGCACAGAACCAUGGCAUUAGAAUCAUGAUUAUGAAGCCUCUCCUUGUUGCUUCUGUGUUUUUGUGCAUUUUAGAAACCACACCUUCGUAUUGAAUUUUUAAAAACUAUGUAUGCCCUUCAUUCUUUACAUCCCAUAAUAACUUUUGCACAGUAACACCACUCCUAAAGGCAGCUAUAAUAUUUUUACAAUUUCUCUAUUGUGCAAAAGAUCUGGAUGGUUUUAAUCUUCCCAGACCAAACUUCUGCUGAACGGCAUUCAUACUUGGGCCUCUGAAAAAAUUUUCCCAUUCUUUUUCAUUCACGUUUUAAAAGGAGAGAGGGGGGGGAGAGGAGAUGGUUGGUGCCUUGUAAAUAUGUAGCAAACAUUUGAUGUUUUAACACAUGCAUUAACAUGAUUAUUUAAAAAAGAGUACUUGAGAACUUUGAAUCUCUAGACACAGAGGUGCCAAAUCCAAGUUCCUUAGAUCUGUUUUCUUUCUGCCACCUUCCUAUUUUUAUAGCAUUAACCAAGAUUGCCACUGACAUUAACAUCAGUGUUGAAAUGGUCUCUUGCCAGAUAUGGCUUUAAAGGGUCAUAGCUUAGCUGUCUUCCAACUAAGGGGAACCUGACAAAGAGAACUUUGUUCUCUCUGGGAACUUUACAAGGGGAACUUUACAAAGAUAUUGCAGUCCUGUUACUGAAGGAAAGGAAAUUAGUUCUGUGGCAGGAGUAGAAGUGUCCAGUACACUACCAAAUAACAUUUUUUUUGGCGUGAGCUCCAAUGCAACAGUCAUGCUCAAAAUGGCUUUUCACAGGCUGACUGACUCAGAUGGGCAGGCUGAUCUCAUACAUAGGGCAGGUUCAGUGGCAUCUGAGGUUGCCACCUGCCCAGGAGUGCCUUUGGUAACGAGAUGCCAUGAUUGGUUUUAUCUUACGAAUCUAUCAAUCUUGGCAUCUCGUUAUCGGGAUAGGAAGUAGGGCUCAUGCAUGCGGCCGGAGGUUCAGCAGCUAGCGGCAGCCUCAGGUACCUUAUGUGUGAACCCAGCCAUGCUUUCCUACAAUGCCUCACUUAAUUUGAUCCUUAAAACAUUGUUGUCCCUUCCUUGGCCCACUUAAUAUGCACAAGGCCCUGCACUUGACAUCACAAACCUCCAGAAAGCCUCCAUGGACUCUGUUCAAAGACAGCGGAUUGGUGUGGAGACUCCAAGGCAUCCACCACCUUCAAGGGCUUCCCCAUUCAUAGAGGGACCCAACUGGGAUGUAUUGAUUUUUUGUUUUUGGUGCAUGCCGAUUGGCUCCUUCAGGUGAAGUUGAAUGCAAGAGAUCCCUGUGACCAUUUUAGUCACAAUCAUAGAUUUCUGGAUGAGAGCGAUAGCAUCUGGAUUGAUGCAGGGGGUUCUCACACUUGGACCUGCAUGUUCUUGGGUUCAACUCCCAUCAUUGGCCAAAGGCCAUUGUGGCUGAAGAAGGACAUCUGGGGACCCAAGUUUGAGAAUUCCUGGCUUAGUGAUGUUGAAAAAGAACAAUAGCUGCCAUGUUACCAUGUGACAGUGGUUAAUUGUGUGUGUGUGUGUGUGUGUGUGUGUGUGAGAGAGAGAGAGAUGAUCGUUUUUUGCUUGCCCCUCAAGGCUGUAGAUUGGCCUUGUUAAUGAACUUGAAUAUGCUUUGCCUUUGGGAUAUAUUAGUUGUAUUUUUAAUUUUUAGUUGUAAAUAGUUGUAUUUUUCUGUUUUAUGUAAUUCAGGGUAUCCAAAAUUGCAUGCGGAGGAGGAGAGAAGAGACAGGAAGUCAACAUAAAAGGAUGGAGUGACCUUUUCAUGCACAUCCUUUUUUCUGGUCUUCUGGGCAAAACCUUUGCCAGACACACUUGUUCAGUAAUGUUGACAAAUCUUCACAGAUAGUCAAUAUGUUUAUUUUAUCUACUUAAUGUAUCACACACACGCACACACAAAUAUAUACUUUUGGUAUUGCUCUCCCAUGACUGAAACAUGAAUAAGAUUUUUUUCAGUGUGCCACAGAAAUUGAGUCAAAACAGAAAGGACUGAAUUGAUAAGGGCAAAAAUAAUUUACAGGCAUUAGGCAGAAAACUAAGCAUUUAUAUACAGCCCAUUUUUCGAUGCAAGUCCAAAUUGGUGGAGCAUUUCCUAAUUGCAAGAACUCUCAAUUUGCAUUUGAGAGUAUUGCUUUUUCUGGGGUCCUAGAAGAAAGGGUGGGUUAUGAUGACAGAUAAAUUGGCCAGGGGUUCUCAAACUUGUUGGCCUUCAACUCCCAACAUCCCCAGGCACAAUGGCCAUUCUUGCUGGGGAUGAUGGGAGUUGUAGGCCAACAACAUCUGGGUGUCUAGGUCUGAGAACCCCUGGCCUAAGCUCUUUCUCAGGAUGCAUGAGAGGCAUCUUCCAGUUCAAUAUAGCAUUUCAGAUAGACAUGCCAGGUAUGUGUAUCAGGUUUGAGAACCCUUGGCCUAAGCAAUUUAUCUGUCAUUAUAAACCUUUGUUCUAGGGCCCCAGAAAAUGCAAUAUUAUCAAAUGCAAAUUGAGACCUCUUUCAUUUUGGAAAUGCCCCAACCAUUUCAAUGGAAGAAGCCAAUCUAAAUGCCACGUCCGAUCAAAAAGGAAACCUUCUGUGUCUAACAUCUUUAACCUUUCUCUUCUCAAGAGCAGCAUGGCUAUAGUAGUUCCAAGAUAUAAUCUCACUGGGGUUAUUUGUCCAAGAGAACAAGUAGUGUUAGUCUAAAGAACUUAGAUCCUUGGGCAUAGAAAAAAUUGAGCUUGUACAAUGUUUCCCUUGCUGAAGUUCCAGUUAUUAAUUUAUUCAGCAUGGAGGCGGUGUUCUUUGAAGGGGGAAAAUGUGUUUGAUUUUGGUUUCUUUGUUUUUUUAAGAAACUAUUGGUAUGAUUUUUAGCAACCAUUAGAAAUAUCUAAUGUCUGGCAAAACCACCCAGAGGCGCAAGUUUUGGGGGGUAUAAAAAUAUGUUUUAAAAAAAUAUAUGGUGAAAUGUCUUCAAUGUAUCUCUUGUUUAGAAGUUGAGUAUUGAGUGCAAUGCUAAGUCACUUUUGGGUAUAAGCAUUAUACUCUGUAUUUGUAACUUGACAAAGAACUAGCUAACUGGUGUGUAAUUUCAACAGAACCUUUAUUUAAAAAAAAUCUGAAAGUGUUUUAUGCAUUAGAAUCUUCCUUAGGUGCUUGAGAAGAAAUUGCUAGUGUUUUGAAUUUGGUAAUUCUGAUAGCUUUUGAAAUGAGUAACAGUAUUCCUCCUUGCUUCCAUUUAUCUACCUUUUUAUUCUUUAAAGAUGGCUUGUAGGCCAGUUUGACAUUUGAUUAACUUAGACAAUGCUUCCAUUCAGAUGUUAAAUUUGGAUAAGACAGGUGUAGUCAUAAUAAUGGUCUUUGGCCAUUGAGGCUAGGGAUGAUGGGAGCUGUAGUUCAACCACAUGGGGGGAGUGUCUAAGUUUGAGAACCCCUGUUGUAAGCAAUCCUGGCCUGCAAGUUGUCAGAGGGUGAACCAGUUGGGUCAGUUUCAAUGCACAGCUCUCGGGACCUCUAGUCUUGGCUUUCUGUGCUUCUGUCUCAUGUGGCAUCCCAUUGUAUUGGUUUUCUGCACAUUGUCUGGUCCUUGCAAUAGGUCCUGGUACUUCAAUCCCACCUGCCAUAUGGUGGUUGUACAUGCGCAGCUGCUGGGCACUGGUGCACUAGGAUGCCCUUGUGGGUGGGCACAGGAAAUAGGCUGGGGUGGGGAACACUGCAACAGAUCCUUCAAAAUAAAUAGUUUGGAUUCUGAAAAUCUGGAACAGGCCUCAUAAAAUCGACAGAGUGCAGAUAAAAAGAUCUGCUCACAACUAUUCCUUUUCAGGAUGAAGAGCUGAACUCCUUGCCACUGUCGCCAAAAUAAAUAGAAUCUCAGUGCUUAAUUCAGAGCCGCCUUAGAACAAAAAGUGUUUCGGGCCAUUUUAAUGCAACCAUCGAAAAAUUGUAACUUUGCGACAGUCUAUGCUGCUAGUAGAAUGAGGUGAUAGAAUCUUGUAGCUGUACCACUUCAGACUAUGGGGAGAGCACCUUUUUAAUGAAUGCUUUCCCAUACUAUAAAAACUUCCCUGUAGGAAAACAGCUAGCACGUCAUGGCAGAGAUUCUAAUCCAGCCUGCUAUCUGCUGUAGUUUCUGCUUGCAGGGAGUUUGGGAGGUGGGUUGUUUUUACACAGGGGAGCAUUAAUAUGGUCCCCACUUGAAAUGUGAAGGGAUAUAAUUAUUUCCAGCUUGACUUAUAUGUAGGCCAGGGUACAGUCUCAUGGAGAUAGGCCCACAUUGGCCCAAUGUUGUUCCUUGCUUGUUGGUUUGAACUUACUGAGCCUUGGUUUGACCCAAAUGGUUUGAACUUACUGAGCCUUUUGUCUUUCCCCAGUUGGAUGAUUGUUUGUGCAGGAUUCAGGCUGAUAAUAGGUUCAGCUUGCUCAGUCCACUUCAAUAGGUUUAGGCACUCCUGAUGACUCAGACCUACUUCCAGCUCUUCCGAUGCUUUUGUUUUUUGCUUUAACAACUGUUCAGAACACAGCCAAAGCCCUUUUCAGCCCCCCAAAAGGGGGAAACAAUAAAACAAGAAAUGGUUUCUUACCACCUCCCCCCUCCUCGCCCCAAGGCAAUGAACAAGUGACAGUUUUGAUUGUAGAGGUUGCCAUUCUUGAAUUUUUUUUCUCUGCCAGUUCCAUCUUGGCACAGCAUCUGCCACUAUGAUGUUUGGCCCUGAACAUUUAAUGCCCUGAUUCAGUCAGGUCUUCAGAUUCUGCUUUGUUCCUCCUUGAUCUAGUUUUCCAAUGAUGCAUCUUGUUCCAUGCCCUGCCUCCCAAACUUGCUUCUUUCUCAAACCAUAUGUUUGUUCUUCCACUGUGAACUCAUAUGCAUUGUACUGGGUUUCAUAAGGUAGCCAUUUGAAGAUCUGGUCAGAGUUGGUUUAAAGCAGAAGAUCUCAAACUUGGGUUCCCAGAUGUUGUCGAACCACACCCACCUCCAAAUGGCCCUUGGCCAUUGGAGCUGGGGAUGGUGAGCAUUGUAGUCCAACAACAUCUGGGGACACCAAUUUGAGAGCCCCUGCUUUAAAGGAUUGCACAAGGAGCUCAAAGCAUAUACUGGCCAUUCAAAUGUGGCCUCAAUUGUCGUAAUUGCAAGUGAAAUAACAUUGUUCCAUUUUAUCAGAGUUGCCCAUGUCACAUCAUAGAAGACCUGGUUGUGCUUGACUCGACACAGAGCUUGUUUUCUUUCAUCUUGAGACUGCCACGCUGGUCAGGCAAUUUGGCGAGUGUGUUUUGGAUAUAGUCUUCUAACAAAAGAGGAAUUGUUUGAACAAUAACCAGCAUGAUCUUUGGAAAUCUGAAAGAUUCACAGAUAUAAGAUUGAUUUACCUGCUCUAAGACCAGAAAGAGCUUUGAUACAUAUAAGCUUUGUGUAAUACAGGAAAUCUCCGGAUAUUGUCUGCCGAAUACCAGGUUCUUCGACUGAACUAUGGUUUGCCUAGCCUUUAAGGUUGGGAGUGCAUCCUAGAUCAAAUUGACUGAGUCUUAACCAGUUCUUCCUUCUCUCAUCUUUGAACAUUCUCUUCUGCCUUCAAGAAGCUAGAGUUUGUGGCUUUUAUAUGCUGUCAUAAGAACAAGAUAUGAAUGUGUUCUUUUCUAGCGUUACUUCCCUCCUUUUGCAAUAAGUGGAGUCACUCUUGGGUCUACCUGGGCUUCUUAUUCAAGUCAGUAGGUGGCUUCACACAAUCCACCACAAGUCCAAUUCCUGCCAAGCAUGUGUUCUCAACUGGUGUGUCAUCCAAACCUGCCCAAGUCUAGUUCCCAAGCCGGACUGCCGACAUUGGUGUAAUCCACAUUUGAAGUUGAGUGGAGAAUGUUGGGGAAAUGUUGGCAAUCCAACUUGGGAACUAGAAUGUGGCAGGUUCAGAUGAUACGCUCACUGGGAGUGCGUACUCUCCAGGAACCGGACUCGUGGGAGAUCAUGUGAAGCCUCCCAAUGUGUUCUUUCUCAUUGCCAUGUAGUCUUGAUCUUAAAAGAGCAAUGUUCUUUUCAAAAUCAAAGGUGAAAGUGUUCUAGUGUUGUGUAGGGAUCAAUGGCUGAUAAGCUCCUGCCUUGGAAAUCUUAGAAACUCUGACUCGAGGAUAUUUGCCAACAAUAAUCUAAUCUGAAUGAAUUUCUUUGUUACAACCAGAAGCCAACAGAGAGAGAGAAAUUAACACAGUUGACAGUAAUUAAUAAAUCAAGCUGAAUAAUUAAAUCAUGCAAGAAUGUUUUUUUAAGGGUUUUUAAUGUAACUGUGGCUAACGAGUAAUUUCCUUUUACCUAGUACUGUUGAUAAUUUACCAGGAAAAAGGAUAGAAGAUAUUUUAGUAUAAGAUUGUUGCUCACCUUAAUUUACAGAGAAUUGCUUCCACUUGGUGUGUAUCGCAACAUUAAUUCUUUAUCAAAUAUGUACAUUGGUUUCUUUAUGCUAUAAAAUGUCAUGAAAACCUUUCUUUUAUAUAAAACUAUCCCUAUUUAUAGACUGAAGGCUCUGUUUAACCACCUAAAAGUGAUCAAAGUGUAGAAAGCUCUAGGAAAGCUGACAUUGCAUUCUUAAAGGUAUAUAUUCAGUGACUGCACAUGGACAUGAGAACAAUUUCAAAUGUUAUAUCAGAUGUUUACAUUUUUUAAAAUGACUUGUUAAAAACCGGUGGUCUCAAUGUACAGUACAAUGUUUUUUAGCAAUUAUAUAUAUAUAUUCUAUUUUAAGAUAUCAAACACAACGAACAAUAGAACACAUAGAGUGUAGUUUAUCGGAUGCCAGUCCGCAGAAAAUUUGUGUUGUAGAUCCCUGAAAAAAAUGCUAUUGGCACAAUCCAGGUGGGAUAUCUCUUGCACAAACUCUAUUAAAGGGAACAGGAAGUGCUCACAAACCAUUCCUGGGCACACACUCUUGGUUUUAAGGAGCCUGUGCAGCACAGAUUUCCUGAAUUUUCCAGUGGAAUUGCUGUCACAGCCUUAACCUAGAGUAUAUAAGAUGGUGCUUAUAAAAUACAUGUAUAGUAUAUUCAUGGAUGGGGUACGUCAUAUCUAAGUGUUUACAAAACUGGAAACUCUUAAGAAUUCUACUGUAUUUUGGCUAUAAAGAUUCUCCAUUUUCCAUCCAAUAUUUAAACUCAGUAGUACGGUAAGAUGAAUAGGGCUCAGUCUUUAUUAGAUUGUAAGUUGUGCUUUCUCUCUCUCUCUCUCUCUCUGUCUCUCUCUCUCAUACACACACACACACACACACACACACACACACACACACGCAAGCUGCAAGAUUAGCACACUUAAAAUGUGAUGGAAUGAAAGUAUUAUCAGUAUUUGAAAGAUAGGUAUUGUUUUCCAUUCUCUUGCAGUCUUAAACCCUUUGUCAGGAUGGGGUUUUUUUUGUUUGGGGUUUUUUGUACAAACUCACUAACUAGGAGAGAACAUUUUUAUUCACUAGUAUUCAGCUAGGGUGUUUCCACAUCCAGAGCCUGUUUUUGAUCUUUUAAAAGAAAGAUCACAUGCACAUUCUUCUUUUCAUUAAAGCAUCGCAGCAAACUCGGUUUAGAAAUAUCCGUUUUUAAGUUGAGCUUGGACCACAUGGGAAUCUCGGGUCACCCAAAGCGUGUCUUGUGUUCUCCUCAGUAUAAAAUACACACCAAAAAAAGUGCACAGAGAUUGGUUUUGAGCUGAUGUCUUGCUUCUCUCCUGAUACCAGGGGAUGCCUGUACAUUCAUAUAUCUUUACAUCUGCUAUCUCAGGUCCCUUUAAAAUGAAAUGCUUCAGGGAUUUUUCAUGCCAUGUGAUGGUGGCAGACCAAAUGUAGUAUUUAUAUGCAAUGAGCUAUUUGUUUUUUGUAUUGUAAAAAAUGUAAAUUUGUAAAUCUUUUUUUCUAGAGGCUUUCUGCGGGGGAUGGAAAGGGAACACUUAAUGUAAUUUAGGAUGUUUCAUUUUCCAGCUAUGGGACUACCUUAAUUAAAAGAGAACCUCAUGCUUUGA